AUGGCAUUACUUUGGGCACCGAACUUCUUCUACGUGACUGCUUCCAUCCUGAUCAGCUCAGCCAUCAUCACAUACCUCCUCAAGUUCAUCCGACUAGACAUCCGACCUUUCAUGUCGACGAAACCCGGCAAAAUCGUCGAAUCGACCGCAACAAAAGUCUGCGAACGGAUGCUUAACGUGCUUGCUGUCUCAGACCCGCUCACUCCCCCAACUAGCCCUAUUACCAAAUCCUCCCGCGGCUACCUCGAAACUCUCCCUCUACGCCGCGGCUCCCGCCCCGAGAUCGAGGGCAUCAGCAGCCCCAUCCAGAGGACUCAAGUCCCGCCUUGGGAGCAGAAGGACGUGCAAGACCGCCUGCGGAACCUGAUCAUCGAGAUCCCAGAGAAGUACCCUCAGUCAACAUACCUGGGUCGGUCGACAUUCGAGCCUGCUUCCCCGACUUCACUGUACGCCCGACAUCGCGCGUUCAACGAGACGAAGUACUACGGCGAGAUCAUCAGCGCGAACACAGAAGAUGGAUUCAUCCACGCGAGUCUCCAUCCGAGUGACGUCAAGUUGGUAAUUGAGAAGGGUUGGGGCCAGAGACACCCUCUGUCCGGCCGUCUUACCGCUCGACUGACGGGACUCGUGGAUGGGAAUCAGCCCAGCCCGGUUGCGGGGUCCAAGGUAUUGCUCUAUGCGCCGAGAAAUAACGAGGACCUGGAGGUCAUCGGCCAGAUUCUUACCGCUGCUGUUUGGUGGGUCGGCGGGAUUGAUAACCGGUUUGAUAAUGAACAGGUUGUGGGUAGCACUGAGUGGUGA